UCUUGGCACCAAAAGAAGUUUACAAAAACUUGAGCACAUUUAGUUGUUAAUUCCCUGGUUUUUUUAAUCCAUUUGUUUUACUUUUAAACUUGUUUUCUGGGAAAAUGGACCACUCUCAGCAAUUGUACAAGGCUGGGGAAGCCCGAGGCCAUGCUCAGGCCAAGACUGACGAGUGGAUUCAGUCUGCAAAGGACACCGCAAAUGCGGCGAAAGAUAAGACAUGUGAUGCAGCCGAAUCUGCCCGAGACUCUGCACAACAGAGCAAGGAUGAGACCUCCAACUUCUUCGCACAGACUGGAGAGCAAAUGAUGAACAUGGCUCAGGGUGCUGUGGACAGUGUGAAGAGCACUCUUGGAGUGGGAGAUCAGCAGCCCAAGAAGUGAUCAAGCCAUGAUGAUCACAAGAGAUAUAGUGACUCUUUACUCUCUCUUCAUACUCACUCUUUAUUCUCUCUCUCCCUAUGUCCUCUGUUUAGCAUAGUGGUCUAACUAAAUAUAUAUCUAUCUCCAUAGCUAUAUCUUGUGUUUAGAGAAGUACUCCUAGUAAUUCUCUCAUCUUGUGUUUAGCAAAGUACUCCUAGUAAUUCUCUCAUCUUGUGUUUAGAAAAGUACUCCUACUAAUUCUCUCUCUCUCUCUCUCUCUCUCUCUCUCUCUAUAUAUAUAUAUAUAUAUAUCUUGUGUUUAGAAACUUCUCUCUCUGUAUUCAGUGUCCGCCUCUUUCCAGUAUCUACCUUUAGUGGUAGGAUAGUAACUCUUUCUCUCCAAGUUUGUGUUUAAAGUAGAACUCUCUCUCUCUCUCUCUGAUGAGUCUCUCUCUUGCCUGGUUUGCUAUAUCAAAGGAAGUUGCUCUUUAGUAGAAGGUCACUAUAUCUCUUGGCACAGUUUCCUAUUUCUUUAUGGUUUUAUGUUUUGUUUAUGUGAGUCUUUAGCAGGCUCCUUAGUAGGGAAGUCAUGUUUAUCUUGGCAAGAGAAGGUCUGGUUUUUGGAAUAUAAUAAGGAGAACAGCUUACUGCAAUUGAAGUUCUAUGACUUUGCCCUUUUGCAAUUGUAAGGUUUGAUUUGGUCCAUAAUGAGAUUGAAAUGGUCCUUUCUACAAGUUUUCCUUCUUUCAAAGUUCUAAUCAAAUGGAAGUUGAGCAC